GCCGGGCGCUGGCGCCGCUCCCGCCAUGUCCACGCUGUUCCCCUCGCUCCUGCCCCGCCUCACCGAGUCCCUCUGGUUCAACCUCGACCGGCCGUGCGUUGACGAGACCGAGCUGCAGCAGCAGGAGCAGCAGCACCAGGCCUGGCUGCAGAGCAUUGCUGAGAAGGACAACAACCUGGUGCCCAUAGGAAAGCCAGCGUCCGAGCACUAUGAUGAGGAGGAGGAGGAGGAUGAUGAAGAUGACGAAGACAGCGAAGAGGACUCAGAAGAUGACGAGGACAUGCAGGAUAUGGAUGAGAUGAAUGAUUAUAACGAGUCUCCCGAUGAUGGGGAGAUCAAUGAGGUGGACAUGGAGGGGACGGAGCAGGACCAGGACCAGUGGAUGAUCUGAUUCUGCCACAGCCACACCAAGCCAGGGGCUGGGGGAGAGCCUUUGCCCCCCACGGCUCUGGGGCACAGUUCAGUGAAGCUCCUCCUGCCGCGGGUGCAGCGUGGGGCAGGAGGCUCAGAGGGAAGCCUCCCAGAGGAGCCAGAGGGGAGACCAGGAGCCACCUGGCGUAUUGGAACUGACACAUCUUUUCUAAUAAACUCAGUUUUCAAGAAAACAA